AGAAAAUGAUGCCAAAAACUUUCAUUAAUACUCCACGUUCCUAUAGAGCUUAAUGUUUUACUUCUGUUGUAUCGAUAAACGAUUUCCAAGGAAUCUUUUAGACGAAAAAUAAUUUUGGAUAUAUUUUCUAACCCUAGAUAAAUGAUCUUAAAAUGCAAAUGAGUGGCUUGACAGAAGUACUAAACUAUCAACAAGACAUGGCGGAUGAGUUGGUACAACGCGAGCCAGAGAAAGUCAAGAAAUUGAAACGUCAGAAGAAGGAAUUGACUGACAAGUAUCAAGAGAAGGAGAAGCAGUUAGAAGGAAUGAAGAAAAGUUUACAAGAAAUGAAAGUUGCCUUUGAAAGCAAGAAAACCGAAAACAAAGAAAUCAAAGAGGCAAUGCUGGAAUUGAAAGGCGAAAACAUCAAACUCCUCAGUGAAAAUUCUCUACUUGAAGGUCGUCUUGAAGAGCAAGAAAAUAACCUUUCCAAGAAAGAAGACGAAAUUUUGGAUCUCAAACAAGAGAUAAAAGGGCUUAAAAACAAAAUGCAAAAAGACAAGACAUGCAUUGCUCGACAAGCAUCGAUCAUCUGUAACCAGGAGGCAACGAUCGAGCAGAUGGAGGUUGAUGCAGUCAUAAAGGGUCUGAGAAUAUGGGAGCUCAAGCAUGAAAUGAAGGAAGCCAACACCAAAGUGACAAAAGAAGUGGCUGAGAUUACUGUAAAGAACGUCAUCAGGGAAGCAGGAGACAAGGCUCAAAUUUUGAAUCUAGAAAACAAAAAUAUCUCACUCAGGUCAGAAAAUGAAUCUUUGGUGCAGAAAACAAAAUGGCUGGAGAAAUUAGUUACCGAGCUGCAGGACAAUGCACAAAACAUGGCAGCCACAGCUGAAUCAAAGAUUAGAGAAAUGGCUAACGAAAUUCAAGAAGCCACUACGAGGGCGAAAACUACAGAAAAGAGGGCAAACGAGCUUGAAUCAUGUCUUAACGAGACUACUGAAUCAUUGGCAAAUGCUACGGAGCAAAUCGAAGUCACAAUGCAAGAAAAAGAUGCCCUUCUUGUCAGCCUGAAGGAGAAGGACCAGACUUUGAAAUGGCAGCUCCGUGAAAACAAGCAAAUGAGGUACGAGGUUGACAUUCAAGACAUGAUGGUUGAAAACAUGGCAGCGAGGCUUAAAAACAUUGCACAGAUUUGCUUUGGUACCCCAGAGCUUAAUUGGGGCAGUGAAGAGAGGUUGGAUCAAAUGAUCGAAAGAAUACAAGGGAUGCAGGAAACAUUGGCAAAAGUGGAAGUGAAAAAGAAGCCUUUUGUUAAAAGACUUUUUAAAAGAUUUCGCAGUGCAAACAGACUUUAUGAAGAGAAAAAGGCCGGUGGUGACUCGACUUUGGUGAAGGAGCUAAUGAGCGAACUGGAGAAUUCGAAGAAAGAAGCAAGCCAGCUAAAAGAACUGAACGGAGUUUUGGUGAAGAUCAAGAUACAUUUUUAUCCUAAGUGUCUUUGCCUUAAUGUGAAACCUCAAAUGCAAGUAAACGUUUUCUGUCGAGCAUCGACAACAAAAAAUUAUAUGAGUUCCUUUUUUUAUUCCAGAAAAUCCAAGGAGCGAGAGAGAGCAUUCAAGUUAGAGAAGGAUCAGUGCAAAAUGGAGAUAAAUGAUCUUAAAAUGCAAAUGAGUGGCUUGACAGAAGUACUAAACUAUCAACAAGACAUGGCGGAUGAGUUGGUACAACGCGAGCCAGAGAAAGUCAAGAAAUUAAAACGUCAGAAGAAGGAGUUGACUGACAAGUAUCAAGAGAAGGAGAAGCAGUUAGAAGGAAUGAAGAAAAGUUUACAAGAAAUGAAAGUUGCCUUUGAAAGCAAGAAAACCGAAAGCAAAGAAAUCAAAGAGGCAAUGCUGGAAUUGAAAGGCGAAAACAUCAAACUUCUCAGUGAAAAUUCUCUACUUGAAGGUCGUCUUGAAGAACAAGAAAAUAACCUUUCCAAGAAAGAAGACGAAAUUUUGGAUCUCAAACAUGAGAUAGAAGAGCUUAAAAACAAAAUGCAAAAAGACAAGACAUGCAUUGCUCGACAAGCAUCGAUCAUUUCUAACCAGGAGGCAACGAUCGAGCAGAUGGAGGUUGAUGCAGUCAUAAAGGGUCUGAGAAUAUGGGAGCUCAAGCAUGAAAUGAAGGAAGCCAACACUAAAGUGACAAAAGAAGUGGCUGAAAUUACUGUAAAGAACGUCAUCAGGAAAGCAGGAGACAAGGCUCAAAUUUUCAAUCUGGAAAACAAAAAUAUCUCACUCAGGUCAGAAAAUGAAUCUUUAGUGCAGAAAACAAAAUGGCUGGAGAAAUUAGUUACCGAGCUGCAGGACAAUGCACAAAACAUGGCAGCCACAGCUGAAUCAAAGAUUAGAGAAAUGGCUGACGAAAUUCAAGAAGCCACUACAAGGGCGAAAACUACAGAAAAAAGGGCAAACGAGCUUGAAUCAUGUCUUAACGAGACUAUUGAAUCAUUGGCAAAUGCUACGGAGCAAAUCGAAAUCACAAUGCAAGAAAAAGAUGCGCUUCUUGUCAGCCUGAAUGAGAAGGACCAGACUUUGAAGUGGCAGCUCCGUGAAAACAAGCAAAUGAGGGACGAGAUUGACAUUCAAGACAUGAUGGUUGAAAACAUGGCAGCGAGGCUUAAAAACAUUGCACAAAUUUGCUUUGGUACCCCAGAGCUUAAUGGGGACAGUGAAGAGAGGUUGGAUCAAAUGAUCGAAAGAAUACAAGGGAUGCAGGAAACAUUGGCAAAAGUGGAAGUGAAAAAGAAGCCUUUUGUUAAAAGACUUUUUAAAAGAUUUCGUAGUGCAAACAGACUUUAA